AUGAGCCAAAUUGUGCAUCUCGACCUCUCUGACAACAAAUUAACUGGAGAAAUACCAAGCACUUUGUCCCAGUGUGUGAUGCUAGUAUUCUUGAGCUUGGAAGGCAAUUUAUUUGAAGGAAGUAUACCGGCUUCUCUAAGGACCCUGAUUGGCCUUGAGUACCUCAAUCUCUCAAGAAACAGAUUGUCCGGUAAGAUUCCCAUAUAUUUUGAGAAUUUCACUAUGCUCAAAGCCUUGAAUCUGUCCUUCAACAACCUUGAAGGAGAAGUACCGCAAGCGGGGAUCUUUAGAGAUAUGAAGCACAUAUCGAUAAUUGGAAACAAAGAACUAUGUGGGGGCAUUCAGGAACUUCGACUUCCCACAUGCAAAGUUCGCCACACGAAGAAGCGGAGAAAGCUUCCAAAACUGAAAGCAUCCAUCGCGGUAACUUUCUCAUUUUUUAUUGUGUUGACAUGCUUCAUUGUUGUUGUAUACUGGAAGAGGAAACUUGCGAUGAGACCUAGUGCAGCAUUGCCAACAAAUGAGCGCUUCCAAAAGGUUUCCUAUGCGAAGCUUCGUCAAGCGACCAAUGAGUUCUCGCCAUCUAAUUUGAUUGGCCAAGGGAGCCACGGCUCGGUGUAUAGAGGAAUCCUAGAUGGAAAUCAACUGGUGGUAGUGAAAGUGCUCAACCUAAGACAAAAGGGGGCUUUCAAGAGCUUCUUAGCAGAAUGUGAAUCCUUGAGAAACAUACGCCAUCGAAAUCUUGUCAAUAUCAUCACCGUUUGCUCAAGCAUCGAUUUCACGGGUGCAGAAUUCAAGGCUCUAAUAUAUGAUCUGAUGCAAAAUGGUAGUUUAGAACAAUGGUUGCACCCAAGCAAAAAUCAAAGCGACAUGCCAAAGCUCAGUUUCAGCCAGAGGUUAGACAUUGCCAUUGAUGUGGCUUCUGCCAUUGAAUAUCUUCACCAUCAUUGCCAAAUGAGCAUCAUACACAGUGAUCUAAAGCCAAGCAACGUUCUUCUCGAUCAUGACAUGCUAGCUCGUGUGUGUGAUUUUGGGCUAGCACGAUUUCUUUGCAAAAGCACAAACCUAGAUGCUUCUCAUUGUCAAGCAAGUUCCAGUGGUUUAAAAGGAACCGUUGGCUAUAUAGCUCCAGAAUAUGGCCUCGGUGGUGCUUCAUCAUUGCUAGGAGACGUUUACAGCUUUGGGAUACUAUUGCUCGAGAUGUUCACGGGAAUAAGACCUACGGAUGUUAUGUUCAAGGAUGGAUGGACCCUCCACGAAUUCGUCAAGACUACUCUACUUGAAGGCACGGUAAAGAUCCUAGACCCUUCACUGCUAUCUUCGGAGCAUCUUGCAGCGAUUGAUGGUAGCCAAAUCGGUGAUGUUGAGAAGGUAAGAUUUGAGGAAGGGGUUGUUGCCAUAAUGAGAAUCGGAGUUCUAUGCUCGGAAGAAAUUCCAGUUGAGCGGAUGGACAUGGCGAAUGCUUUAUCCGAGCUACGUGCGGUCAGAGAGAAGUUUCUCAGGCAUAGUGUGUAA